AUGGCUGGUGGAACCCUGGCAGCUCCUUCCCUGGACCAAGCGCUUGAGAGGCUGCGGAGUGAUGACGCCUGGGGUGAAGUGAGGCUUUGCCUUCGCAGCAAACUCACUAAACAACAGCUGUUGAAGUUGGCAGAAGCCUUGAGAAAAGUUGGGCCAAUUCCAAGUGAUGUUGCAGCACAGCUGGUACACUCCAUUCAAACGUUUCCGGCGUCUGAAGUAGAGAUCUUAUCGCCAUCUGAGCCGGAACCGCACAACAUCCUUCAGCUCCUUCAGCGUUGUUUGGCCGUUGAAGGAGCGAUCGCAGCAGUCGAAGUAGUCGAAGGCUUGGUGCCGCUCUUGGCAACAUGGCUAAAACGGAGCAAACUGCUGCAGAGCAGUAGCCAAGCUAUGAUGUGUCUACAGAGGCUGUCAGAACAGCAAACUUCAUCUGUGAAGGCUUGCUCCCAGCAACUUGCUGCGGGGAUCAUGCCAGCUAUUCAAGUCCUGUCUGAUGUGGUGCAGCAGCAUCGCACCUCGCGUGGAGUCUUGCGUGAAGCUGUAAAUCUCUUGCAAGCGCUGCCACCUGUUCUGGAGAUGACAAGCCAUUUAGAGGCUUCAGCCCUUCCUGCUUUGGCAUCUCUCCAGCCGCUUGCGGUUCUUGGUGCUCCCUAUGUCCUCCCUGGCCGUGCCCGACCUCCGCCGGGCUUGGCGGGCUUAGCGCCACGAGAUCCGUCGGACUGCUCUUGGUCUGAGACAGAUGCGAGCGCCACGGAGCGCGUAAAGGGCAAAGGGAGAGGCGAAGGCAAAGACUCGAGCAAAGUGGAACCGCAGCAGAUUCAGCUGCGAGCUCUGGCACUGCGAAACUUUGCCCAACUCUUUCGCUUGUGGCCGAAGGCCUUUUUCGGCCGAUGGCCGCUGGUUCUGGACUUUCAAUCUGGAGAGGUUUGUCGUCCUACUGGAAAGCCAUUGCCCAUGUUGCUCUCAAUUUGUGAACAGGAUCCAGCGCCCAAGGUGCGAACUGCAGCGCUGUCCGCACUGCUGGCACUUCUGCAGGCGCCGCAACUUCGAACUUGGCCAGUUCCCCUGGAGGCAGCGAAAACUCAGCAGAGCAGUACGUCGCUCACGGGGCAGUUGGCAGUAACCAUUCGGCAGUCCCAUGCCUUGGUGAUGGAAUUGAUCGACCGCGAUGAGCUGACGCAGUUGAAUGCCUUGCGCGCCUGUUCUGACUUGGCGACCUGCACGCCGUACACCAAACUCCACAGUGGCCUUUUGACUUCACUUCUUCACAAGCUUCUGACAUUUCUCUCGCUGGCUGACUUGAAGCUUGAGGCGUCUGCACAAGCUCUGGCGGCAGUGAUGGCCAUUGGAUCAGUGCUCAAACGAGACGAUUGCAGCAGCGAACUCACUCAAUACCUCUUCGUGACAGCCAAACCACCAGCAGAUUGGCUGUUGCAGCAGAUGCUGGAUCUCAUGGCAGAGCUGCAACGCAACCAAUUGCGCCCACCAACGCCAAGUGCGGACAAACGGGAGGGUGGGAAGAACAGCCGCAAAGGGAAGGCAGAGAAGACCGAGGCCGAAGAACCUGUGUUGAUUCAAGAGUUCGCUCUGCUCACAGGUCGCCUGGCAACCUUCGUCCCUUCUGCCUUGCCAGAGUCGACCAUCGGUUUGUUGGAAAAGUUGAUCACGAUGCUGGUGACAUACCACAGCUCCAUGUUGCGGCUGCGAGGUUUUCGGCUCUUGAGCGAUCUCCCUGCAGUUUCUUCCAUUGACUGGCGCUUCUCCCACCAGUUCCUGGAAGACCUCCUUCAUGCUGCUCAGCGGCUUGAAACCAAUGCGUCUGUCCGUGCUGCUGCCAUGAGUGCGCUGCCGUGCUUGGUGCGAGCGGAAGGCUUCAGAUGCUCCAAAGCGCUGGAAGCCCUUUAUCCCAAACUCGAGGACAACAAUGGUGGAGUGCGCACUGCCGCAGUGCAGGCGCUUGGUGCACUCACUGGGACGUUUUCCCAUGUAGAAGGGAAAGAAGUCAUUUGCCGAGUUUUACCUUUGGCUGCUGAUUCUGCGGGUGAUGUGCGAUCUGCUUGUGCGACAGCGUUGGCAAGUUUUGCACCCUUGCUGACAAGCGAUGAGCUGCAGCGAGAGAACGUGGCCAGAGCCUUGAUGCCGCUCUGCUCAGAUCCCUCGGAUAAGGCCAGGGCUUCCGGACUACGAGCAGUCGGCUGCGUGGCGGAGCUCGGGCUGAAGCCUGGACAGAUUCAAGACUUGGCGGACUUGCUAACAGUGGCUGUGCAGAAACCUCCGCCAAAGUGUCAGUGGAAUGGUUGCCGUUCAGCCGGGCAAUUGGCAGCUGCAGCCAGCUAUCCAGAAGUCGUGACGAAGUUGAUGGAAGCUCUGUGUGACCUCCUGAGGACGGAAAAUCUGAAAGUGCGAAUCCAGGCGGCCUUGGCGCUGAAGCAGGUGGCUGCACUGCCUGGCCGCGCUGAAGAGAAGGAACGCAUCUCACAAGCAGCCAGCGAAGCCUUGAGCGCAUUGAGCGCAUUGAACGCAUUGAGCUCCGAAGAUGCGAGUCGAACUCCUGGACCUCCAGGUUUAGAUGAGCCAAAAGAGCGGCUGUCGUACUUAGAGCAGCUCCGAACCGAACUCCUUCAUCUCAGCGAAAUGUCGGCUUGCGAAGAAAAGCGCCAGGGGCGAACCGGUGAAAUGUGGUGCAACAUGCUCUCUGACUCGGAAAUUCCGGUUGUCGUCAUCAAAGGUGAAUAUGAAGUGGAGCUUGGAGCUCCCUUUCCCAUGAUGGAUCGUCCACCGCAUGAGGGUGAGUUCUCAGUCAGCGCCGAUCGAGAGAGGAUCAUUGAGAUAACAGAACGUGCACUCUCUCGCAAACUGGUUGCUCUGGAAUUGAAAGAGAGAUGGGAUGUGCAUCGAUUCUACGUCGCAAGAAAGGAGAUCCUUCUUGACCGGCCUCGACUCCGAAGGACGACGCAGCAAUUUUUGGCUGACUUUCACUUUGAUUCAGUGGAAUCUGCCAGCAAGUUGCAGAAUGGCCUUGGACCAGUGGUUUGCGCAGUGAUUUGCGGUGAUGAGUCCUUCAUUCCAUUCUUUGCGACUGCUUCUGGCAAUGCGGUGGCUACUCUGAAUCAACCCACCCACGCGAGGAUUGAGCACACAGUAAUUGGACUUUGGCCUCCACUUGGCUUUGCAUUGGAGCUCAGCUGGCGCUAUCCAGAUGUCACGAGAACGUUGUUGGAAUGUCGAGCAGAUCCGAAUUAUGUGGACUCCUUGGGGUUUCAUGUGAUGGGCGGCUGCAAGACCAUCGAGAUGGUGGACAUUUUGGUCGAAUACAGCGCAGAUGUGAACCACACUACUUCUCCAGCGCAUUUUCCGGCAUUGUCCUUGGCCUGUGCUCGGUGUGCUCCUCCAGAUGUCAUCCGUAAGUUAAUCGAAAUACGGGCCGAUGUCAAUCCUGAGAGUAGAGGAAUCUGCAGCCCGCAUCCGCUCUCCAACUUGGCUGUGUGGUCUUCCAUGAAUCCGCACUGUGUUGAGGCAGCGCGAGUGUUACUGGAAGCGAACAGUGACAUCAAUAUGACACAUGAAGCGCAAGGAAUCUUUCAUGCUAUUGAGCUUGCGAGCAGAGCCAAACUGCUACUGGCAGGCUCUUCAUCAGCACUGGUGCAUUUUUAUGCGGAAUGGACGACGACACCGUUGGGCUUUGCAUGUUUCUUUGGGGGAGAGCACUUGGUGGAGUUUCUUCUUCAACAUGAUGCUGAUCCAGAGAUCCGAAAUGCGCGUGGUCACACAGCAUUUCAGCUUGCUCGUGGUCACAGUGUUUUGUCGGUGAUUCAGGCCUAUGAGUCUGUGCGGUCCAUUUGA